AGCACUUCUUUUGUGUCAUCAACAUCAUAAUCGACCCACCGCCACAACUUAUCGUCUGAGCGAAUGUUGUGAGAAGUGCUUUGAAGACAGUUAAAUUUUGUUUAAGCAGUUAAAAUUUCCUGUAAAAACGGCAUCAAAUUGACGAACCGAAAUGGCAACUCGCGGCGGUCCAAUGGUCGCGGGCACCGACGGCAACGACUUCGAGUUUAGGCAGAAAGUGGCCAACACAUAUCAAAUUAGCUUGUUGAACAAAUCGCGCCUUAAAUACUGCAUUUUCUUUCAUGCCCUGCUGUUCUUUGUCAUGCUGGCCAAGUUGACGUCGGACAUAUUGGAUCGCUUGGACAUUUUUGUGCUAGAAAUUGAAGAGUUGGAGGUGCCGCCGCCGCUAUGGUGGGAAUACGUUUGGGCUGCUUCGCUUCUCACCUCAUUUAUCGGCCUCUCAGCGUCCCGCGGCAACAAGGUUCGCGAUAUGCAAAAGUACAUUAUUGCAAUUUUAGUAAUGGCUGUGCUGCCGCUUGUCUAUUGUUUUGCCUAUUACUUUGCCGACGUUUGGGAGUUUGUGACCAUGGACAAGUCUGUUGAACUCGACGAGACGGACAUUUUGCUAUGGCGCGGUUUUCCCUAUGGAGUAUUCUGGUAUGGAUUUUGUUUUGUAGGCUUUCAGAUACACGGGUUCACAUUGUACUUCGCGUUCAAUCUAGUCAAAGCCUGGAAGGCACGCACAGCGACACGCAAAUUUCAGUAAAUCAAUUGAGUCAUGGAAAUAUUUAAACUAUAUACUCGCCAAAUUAGUAAAACGACAAAGCAAGAAGCUGUAAGGCUAGUUGUAAAUAAUUUGAAAAAAAAGAAUAAAAUCUAUCUCUCUAGUGCACAAAAGCAAAACAUAAAUAAUAUUAAAGCAGCUGUUAGAUUAACGCACAUUUUUAGUACAGUCAAGAAAUAAUAUUUUCAGACAAAAAGCAAAAUACCAACGUUAAAGUUAUUGUUAAAGUUAAAACGUUCAAGCGUUACUUACAUACAUUACAAAUGAUAAAUCUAUAAAGAAUUACCUAUAUACAUACGAUACACAUGCAACCUUAUAAAGUCGAGUCGACAACAAUGCAACUGAAGCCACCAAAUUUCCCAAGACAAAAAGGAAACAAAACAACUACAAGAUAUAAAGUUAAUAUUCUUUUUUGUGGUCUACUUACAUUUCGACGUGCCUCGUGUUUGU